UGUCACGAGCCCUCUCUGGUUGCGUCCUGUUCUUUUUAUAGCCGAGCAGCUGAAAUGUGAGGGGUCACAAUGGGAGGAUAAAUACAAGGGCCUGCCCGUCCAGGGGGUGUCGCAGACGAACGCCACCCUCUCUCUUCUCCCAGCUCUCCUCUCUUCUGACCUCAAAGAGUCAAGAUGCCUCACGCAUACCCCUUCCUCACUCCUGAGCAGAAGAAGGAGCUCAGUGAUAUUGCUCUGAAGAUCGUCGCACCCGGCAAGGGAAUCCUCGCUGCAGACGAGUCUACCGGUAGCGUGGCCAAGCGCUUCCAGAGCAUCAAUGCUGAGAACACUGAGGAGAACAGGAGGCUGUACCGCCAGCUCCUCUUCACCGCUGACGACCGCGCCACCCCUUGCAUUGGCGGUGUCAUCCUCUUCCACGAGACCAUGUACCAGAAGACCGACGACGGCAAGCUUUUCCCCCAGCACCUCAAAGAGAGAGGCAUGGUGGUGGGCAUCAAGGUCGACAAAGGUGUUGUCCCUCUGGCCGGAACCAACGGCGAGACGACGACCCAGGGUCUUGAUGGAUUGUAUGAACGCUGCGCCCAGUACAAGAAGGACGGUGCUGACUUCGCCAAAUGGCGUUGUGUGCUGAGGAUCACCCCCACAACUCCCUCAAGGCUAGCCAUCAUUGAGAACGCCAACGUCCUGGCCCGCUAUGCCAGCAUCUGCCAGAUGCAUGGCAUCGUCCCCAUCGUGGAGCCUGAGAUCCUCCCUGAUGGCGACCAUGACCUGAAGAGGUGCCAGUAUGUCACUGAGAAGGUCCUGGCUGCCGUUUACAAGGCUCUGUCAGACCACCAUGUCUACCUGGAGGGAACUCUGCUCAAGCCCAACAUGGUAACCGCCGGCCACUCCUGCUCCUUCAAGUACAGUAAUCAGGAGAUCGCCAUGGCAACUGUUACCGCCCUCCGCCGCACCGUGCCCCCAGCAGUCCCCGGCAUCACCUUCUUGUCUGGUGGCCAGAGUGAAGAGGAAGCUUCCGUCAACCUGAACGCCAUGAACCAGUGCCCUCUGCACAGACCCUGGGCCCUGACCUUCUCAUACGGCCGUGCCCUGCAGGCGUCUGCCCUCAAGGCUUGGGGUGGCAAAAAGGAGAAUGGAAAGGCAUGCCAGGAGGAGUUUAUCAAGAGAGCUCUGGCCAACAGCCAGGCAUGCCAGGGAAAAUAUGUUACCUCUGGAUCCAGUGCUGCCGGUGGAGAGUCUCUGUUUGUGGCUAAUCAUGCCUAUUAAGCACAAAUACGCACUCUCAUAUGUUAUUACUACACCAUGGAAAGCCCUACGACUUCUCUCUGCUAUUGUAAAGCAUCUUGGCUGAAAGUGAAAGAGUGAAAAAACUUCUCUUGGUUGUUGUCGCUGCCGCAAGAAGAUUUGCCACCAUUCCCUUAACCUUUUGCCUUUGCACAGGUAAAAAUUCCCAUGUUGUUUUUACACAGGUUGUACUAUAUUUCAUUGGACUGAUUCCAUCAACUGCAGCAAUGUCCUUAAUACUGGUUCAGUGGAAUAAAGCGUUUACCCUUA